AUGGUGUCUGCCCCUGCCAAUAUCGAAUCCUUGUACAAGUUCACGGACGACGUGUCGGACCCGCAACUGUUCGAGUCCUGGAAGCCCAAAAUCGCCGCGUACCGCCAGGCUCUGGCGGACUCGCUGCCGGCGGAGUACAAGCUGCCCGAGUCCGAAGUUCCUGGUGAUCUCGACGAGACCAGUUUCAACACGGUCCAAUUCCUCAAGGAAACCAAAUACCUGACUCCGGCAGAGCGCGAGAUCACCGAGUCGUCCGCGACUGAGCUGCUGCGCAAGAUGGAAGCCAGACAACUGUCUGCCGUGGCGGUGCUCAAGGCGUUCGCGCACCGGGCCGUGAUCGCGCACCAGCUGACCAACUUUGCGUGCGAGUUCUUUGUGCACGAGGCGCUGCAGCGCGCAAAGCAGCUGGACGAGUACCUCGCUGUCCACGGCAAGCUGGCGGGCCCGCUGCACGGCAUCCCGAUCUCGCUUAAGGAGCAGAUCGGGCACGCGGGCAAGAUCACACACGGCGGCUGGGUCGCGUGGCUGGACAACGUCCCGAAAGAGGACGCCGUGACGGUGCAGGUGCUGCGGAACCUGGGCGCCGUGUUCUACGUGCGCACGAACGAGCCGCAGACGCUGAUGCACCUGGACUCCAACAACAACAUUGUCGGGCGCACGCGCAACCCGCACAAUUCGCUCUUGACGGCGGGCGGGUCCUCGGGCGGCGAAGGUGCCAGCGUGGGCUCGCGGGCGUCGCCGCUGGGCGUGGGCACCGACAUUGGCGGCUCGAUCCGUGCGCCCGCCGCGUUCGCUGGCGUGUACGGCCUGCGCCCGACCUCGAGACGGAUCUCGACGUUUGGCGGCGUGUCGUCGGGCAAAGGCCAGGAGUCGAUCGUCGCCGUCGCCGGCCCGCUCUCCAGCAGCGUCGACGACAUCGAGCUGUUCAUGCGCGCGUACAUCAACGCGGGCAAGCCAUGGGACCUGGACCCGUGGUCGCUGCCGAUUCCGUGGCGCCAGGUCGCCGUCCCUGAGCCGCGGAAUCUGACGGUCGCGGUGAUGUACGACGACGGGCUCGUGAGACCGCUGCCACCAAUUGCCCGCGGUCUCAAGCACACGGCUGACAAGCUCAAGCAGGCGGGCGUCAACGUGAUCGAGUUCAAGCCGCUCGAGACGGAAAAACUGUACGAGGUGGCCAAUUUGCUGUACAGCUGCGACGGCAACCACGCGCAGAAGGAGAUGCUGCGGCCGUCGGGCGAGCCGCUGCUGCCGCUCACGAAGUGGGCGCUCUCGUUCGGGCAGGGCGACCGCGCGCUGUCCAUCACUGAAAACAGAGAGCUCAACUACCAGCGCGACAGGCUGCGUAAAUUGUACAACGAUUAUUUCGUCCAGAACAAGGUCGACUUCAUCCUUUGCCCGAACUACUGCGGCCCAGCGCCCGUGUGCGUCCAGGACGGCGUCGAGGGCCCCUACUACUGGGGCUACACGUCGCACUUCAACCUGCUGGACUUGCCCGGCUUGACAGCUCCGACGGGGCUGUAUGCGGACCAGAAAAUCGACGCGAAGCAAGAGUACACGCCGCGGUCGGCGAUCGAGGCGAUCGAGCACGACAAGUACAAGCCGGAGCUCGUGCACGGCGCGCCGAUCUGCUACCAGCUGGUCGGGCGGCGGUACUUUGACGAGGAGGUGGUUGCUGCGGGCAAGCUUUUCGGGCAAAUCCUGGAGAUAGAGUAG